CUUUCAAGAGAUGUGUUGAGUCUUUUAUGAUAUUUGCGAUUUGUAUUCUCGAGAACCGUCCGGUCCGGAUCAUGGAUAGUGGAAAACCUUUUGAUUCCAUUCCAGACGAUCUCCUCAUCAAGAUACUGUCGAAAUUGCCAGCAAAAUCAAUAGCUAAGUGUCGUUGCGUGUCGAAGCUUUGGAAGUCCUCGGCUCUAAUGAGGUCUGGAUUCCACCGUGAUGACUUCACCGACUUGUUUCUAACCAGGAGGAGGUCCAAAGCUCGUCGACGACGACUCUUAAUUGGGGUACUACAACUAGAAGCCGGUGAGUGGAGCUUUUACUCAACUCCUCAGCCUCAGAAUCCAUCUGAGAAGUCGUCUUCUCUUGUAGCGGAUUUUCAUAUCAACUUCUCUAAAGGCAUAAGCAAAUACAAUUGUAGCUAUACCUCUGGAUUGAUCUAUUUUCAUAAGAUGUGUAUCCCAAGAGAAGAUGAAGAUGUAAAGCAUGUGAUAUGUAACCCUCUCACAGGACAGUAUAUGAUCUUACCUCAACUUAGAGGUGGAUCGUAUAGCUAUCUAGGGUUUGAUCCGGUUGACAAGGAAUUCAAGUUACUGCUCAUGAACACUCGUGACUAUAUAGCUUCUAAGGAUACAGAUCAGUAUAUUUUGACAAUAGGAACUGGGAGGAGGGAGUUGAGGUGGAGGAAGAUCCAAUGUCCUUUUACACAUGAGCCUCUAUGGGAAAGGGUUUGCAUCAAUGGGGUUUUGUAUUACUUGACUCAUCAUGCUACUAAUGGAAGGUUUUAUGCGAUAGUUUGCUUCGAUGUUAGAUCUGAGAAAUUCAAGCUCGUUACAUACGGAUAUGAUCGCCGUUUUAAUAAUUUGAUAAACUACAAGGGGAAAUUAUGUGGGAUUUAUUUGGAUUAUGCUUAUGGUGGUGGGUUUCCCGUUAAGUUGAGUAUGAAGGUUCUAGAGAAGCGGGAAUGGUCCAGCUAUGUCUACUCCUUGUCGGCUGAUCAGAGUGAAGUUGUUAAUGUCGAAAGGAAUCUAUCCGUUGUUGGGGUGACUGCUUCUGGUGAUAUUGUUUUGUCGACGAAUUCUGCGUCUAAUCCUUUUUAUGUUUUCUACUUCAAUCCGGAAAUGAACACUCUCCAAACUGUUGAAAUGCAAGGUGUUGGAGAUAAUUGUGAUUGGAGAUACGCCUUUGUACAAGACUAUGUAGAGGAUAUUAGUGUUACUGAUGCAAUGCAACUGAAGUCAACCACCCCUUUACAACUUGGCCAAAACAUUGUUCCCGAGAGGCCAAAACCACAACAACGCGGAGGUACGUCUCUUGACCUCUCCAAGUCUUCUCAAUCUGUGCAAAAGAAGGAGCAAAUUAUUGUUUCCGAGAGGCUAGAACCACAACGACGUAGGCAUAUGUCUCCUGACCUCUCCAAGUCUUUUCAAUCUGUGAAGAGCAAGGAGCCUAACAAGUACGAAUUAUCAGCUGACCUCUAA